AAAUGGGGCCCGCGGGAAUCAAACGAAAACCAAAAGAUACGAGCCAUUUCUAGAGCGAAUCGUCGUCGAGUUUACCUGAUCCACGAUAUUCACCGGAUCUUUCGCCUACCGAUUGCCACUUUUUCAAGGAUCCCGAUAGCCUUGAAAAAUGCUGUUCUACUAGUGGGAAAAGUUUGGCUGGAUGGAACCGGAGCAAGUAGGUAAACUCGUUUCUCGUUGGUGUAAGUGUGGCUCGAAUUCAUCUCGAAAAAGGUUCCUAGCUACCUUUCUCCCAAUCGAGCAUGGAUUAAAAUAAAUGAGUAUCCGUUGCCCGUAGGGCUCUCGCUACGUCACCGUGGGGCCCCGUGACACACAUCAAUGAACUGAAAUGUAACGGUACCGGCAACAGUGACCUACUCACCGGCCGACGUGCUCUGUCUUCCCAUUUCUUCCCUUGUUCUUCCUCUCGUUCUCUCUUGGUUGUCGGUCAAGCGAGCGUCGAACGCUCGCUCACCAACGAGACUCCUCUAUGUACAUACAACUCUGUACUUUUACCACCGCGAACCGGCAGAGUUCCGAGUUCUAACCGAGCCUCGCAUUCGCAUGUUCUCAUGUUCCCCCGUGUGCCGCCGGCUGAUUACAGCCAGUAAUGAAAGCGUUCUCCUCGCGCGUGGAGGUGCUGUCAUGUAGCCGCGAAUCUCCCUCUGUUGUCGUCCUUUUAACGGUAGCAAUCGGAUCGUCAGUGAAAACGAUUCGCCCGAGGACUACGGGCGUGAUCGACGACCUUCCGGGCCCCUGGUCCAAAACUCCGAACUAACGUUUAACGCGAGUUAUGAAUGUAAUCGUGCUUCUCGUCCUCCAGGUGAUUGCAUAUCAACACGUGAGAUGUCAAGGAGGUGGUGGUGGACCGAGUACCUUCGGUUAUGAUGCAUCCUCGGCUUGCAGCAAACCGUAUUCGCGUUCCAGUCGUGCGCGAUUCGCAAAUCUUCCUUGCGACUUGCGACGACAAAACUGGUGCGCGAUUGCUGGCAGUGCUUAUCCAUGGCAUGCAGUUCGACGUUUCGUACAAGAAAAUCAAGGACUAAUGAGACGUAUGUACGGAGAUGAACGGCAUAUUAACGUAUUGAGAGCAGAAUUCGAGAGAAAUGAUAUCGAACUAAAAGAUGACGAUCGUCGUCAUCAUUUUGCCGAGGAAUACAGGAAAUACCAGUACACGCACGAUUACGAAGACUUUGAGAGCGAAGCCAAUUUAAAGAUACAAAGCGACGAGUACGAACGACGUGGCUUCACGAGCAGAUCUUUCAACGAUAAUGGCGUUCAACGAUUGAACAAAUUUCCAAAAUUAAGCGAAUACACCAGGCCUCAUUUUCGACCAACUGAAAAAUCUACCGCUUCAACGGCAACCACCACAACACCAACGUCGACAAAGAUGUCUUCCAUCACGGAAACGCCAUCAUCCUCUAUGGUUACGUCGUCGACGACAGGUUCGACCGUUCGCGAACCGAUCACCACCACGGCCAUUCCGUCGACGACGAUUUCGGUGAAUAGCGCAAACAACGACGGAAAAGAGAACGCGACGGAAACGAUCGAGCAGUCGCCGGUGAUGAUUUCUCACAUCGUCAAGGAACAGAAUUUCAGCAUCAAUGAAAUUCCUGAGCAAAUCGACAGGAUCGACGAGGAGCAAGAACAGGAGGUGGUGGACGACGAGGAGAAAACGAUCAAUGUUUCGGAUGUUCCCGAUGCCGAUUUCGACGAAACGUCUACGAUCAGUUUACCCGGUACCACGGAACUACCCGCUGAACUUGACACGAACCCAUCAGGGGAGCUAUUCGCCACGCCGAAAGAAACGACCGCUCACGGGACUUUUAGUUCGAGCGAGCAACACCAGUUCAAACCUCGACCAGAAUAUCGACCAGCGAAUAAGCCGGAAGCUUCUUCUAUGGAAGGCCAGCUGUAUCAGGACGUUGCCGCGAAAGAUCAACAGGAACAACCGGUUUUGAAGCUCAGAGGAGUAAACGCUUGUCCCGUAAAAGAGGAGGUGGUUGCGCCAUUCUGGGCGAAUAAUACCAGAGGCGAAGUACUGGCACUUCUGAAUCUCUAUCCGUUUGAACAAUACGUUCAUUGGGAAAAAUGCACACACGAAAACAAGCAGAUGUACUGCAGAGAUGGAUGCAGAUGCGAACAACAGUACAGACUCCACAGGUUGCUGGCUUACGAUCCCAAUAACGAGUGCCGUGGUAUCUUCAGUGAUUGGUUCAAAUUUCCAAGCUGUUGCGUCUGUCGCUGUUACGAUUUACCCCUUGAAUUUCGUGUCACGUCACGGUCUCCUCGCACUCAGAAACAAAUCAAAGUACGUCCACCGCGUACCCGAUACGCGUAAUACAUGUAGCUGUACAAUGAACAAGAUCACUCUUCUAACAUGGUUUAUGGAAAAUUCAUCUUUACGCGUUAAUUAUGAUUCGAUUCACUUCAUUUCACUUCAUUUCAUUUCAUUUCAUUUCUACUUCAGUUUUUUAUUUUUUACAACUUUUCCUUUAGUCGUGCUGAUUCCUGCGUAUCGUGACUGAUAUAAACGUUUCCUUUAAGCGAUGUCAAUCUCGUUGGCAUCUAAAAUAAUAAAACAAACGAUAUAAUAUUUUAACCAUAAACUUAUCAAAUUUAUUAAAACAGUCCAAAAGUCGAGAUUUUCUCAAAUAUGUAGACAAAUUUUGCUCAAUGUUGUCUGUGUCUGCAGCAUUCUGUAAAUAAUUGCAUUAGCGUAAACAAUGACAAUGACCUUGUCGUAAUCGCUCGCGCCGGUAACGUGUACUGUCAAGCUUGAAACAAUAAAACUGAGAAUUAUUUGUAAAACUCGCGCGUACAAUUUUCUUGGUAAAGAUUUUUAGAAACGAUAUUAAGAUUAUUAUUAUUAUUAUUAUUAUUAUUAUUAUUAUUAUUUUCAAAACGUAAAAUUAUAUACUUGUGGAAACAAUUAUAGUCUAGAGAUGUAGUAUCCAUUAUUAUAUGUUUUUUAAAUAUUACUUCAAAAUAAUUGUUACUAUUAUUUAAGACACUUGUUAAACGUCUACUUCGAGUAAUCAUAAGGCUCGUGAAUAAAAAACCGCACAAAUCAUGUUUUUGUUACAUUUGUAUUUAGUGUUACUUGAGUUUAUUGAAUAUUA